AGAGGCAGAAUGUGCAGCAGCAGCAGCAGCAUCAGGUGCGGGGGCAGCAUUUGUUGUUGUUGUUGUUGCUCCGGAGCUUCAUUUGUUCUGGACGCUGCGAAGAAGAGAGAACGCACGCUCGUGCACUCAUGAAUUUGUUUCAAUCGUUGAGGACUUAGCAGCUCCACUGUACAAGUCUUCCUCUCCUUCUUCUUUCGCUUCUGCCUCUUCAGCUGCGGUUGCUGCUGUGUACAGGAUCUUUGCGGAAGUGGAUCAGGAAUGCUUCCGGAUAGCCACCUUUAUAGCAAGUAAAUCUACGAAAGGAGAACGAAUUCCCUGGGAUGAACGCGGGUGGACUGAAUCUGGCGAGGGGAUCCUGUGUGGUGGAGCAUCUCGCGCACAUUCCCAUGCUAAGUCUGCCCCACGCGGGAUUUAUUUUUGGAAGGCUGCCGUCAUUGAAGUCAGAGGCUGCAAUCUGAUGUAAUUAGGAGUAGACGGGUAGAGGAUGUGGGAGGAAGCCUUUGCUUGAAACCGCCCGUAGACGAACAACAAAGCUGCCGCGGGCCUGCACUGUUGAAUGGACAGGAGGGGCUCGCAGAGGAGCUCAGCGUCUCUUCUGCAUCUCACCUGUUGGAGAUUUCUUUUCAUCCUUUUUACUGCAGUCUGGUCCCCUGACUCCUCCACCAGUGCGAGUCUCUUUUUCUUUAACCCGAAACUUCGCAACCCUGUAGCUCGUGGUGACUGGCUAUAGAUUGCUUAAUUUUUCUUGCGAGGUGUUAUUGCUUCGGUCGCUUUUUUAAAACUAUUUGGUGGCGAGCAAGGAGGAGACGUGAUGGGGAUGGAGAGGAGAUGUUGUGAUGUUGGCGUAAAGAAGAUUGAGGUAGCGGGAGGAGCUUAAGGUCAAGCUGGAUCGUGACAUGAAAUGUUAAAUGGUGACUUAGUAAAACGCGGCGUUGAAACCGUGAGUACGGGUAUGGCUCCCGAAGUUGCGACAAACGAGGGAGAUCCGGAGGCCUUGUUUGCUACUGAUAUUACUAAUAAUGUUAUGAUAUUGAAAAAUGUCAUCCUAAAUGAAUUUCACGUCCUUCGCAAGUUCUCGUUCAUCAGUUUUUGCAAUGAAACGCUUCUCGUGAAGUUAGAGACCGACUUGGGAUCACAAAUUGGAUUUCAGAUAGACAACGAAAACUUUGAUCAUGAAAAUAUUGCGGAGCAGACAGUUGCGACCUUCUUAGCGGACGACUUCAAUCAAUUGUUCAAUACUGUGAAUCUUGUCUCCGAGGUUGUACUGCAGCCAAGGCAAGUCCAGCAAGUGAUAUUGACUUUUCGGCCUACUGAAUCCCUCAAAGGGUUUUCCAAAGAGAAUGACGCGAACAACAUUAAUCUGAUUGCGGGGCAAAAUGCGUCGACAAGCUCUAUGAGGCGUCUUGGCUCAAAUGUAACUGAAAUUUUUAGGGUCGAUGGGAAGCUCAGUUUUACUGCGAGUGUUUUAGAUGGCAGUGUGGAAGCCAGGCAAAAGGAGACUUCUACUAUCAACCAUCAGAAUAUUAUCGUGCAGUUUAAUUCAACAGUAUGUCGAUCAGUCCUGAAGACAGAUGUUUCAGAAAUAGUAUUAAAGGAUUGUGUUCCAGGAGGUGUUUUUGUCAAAGACUUCAGUAUUUGGAAUCUCUCUGAAAUUCCAGGAUCCUUUGAACUCAAUGUAAAAUGCGGACCUUCUGUGAAGCCGGAGUUGGAGCUUACAGAUUAUGAUACAGGCCUUCCUGUUUCAAGAGGAGAUAUCAAAAGCUUUUCUCAUCGUCGUAUUCGUGUCACGUACACGCCAAAAGAUGUUGGAGACUUCACGCACAUCAUACACUUACAAAACAAUUAUGAUGAAAAAAAUUCCAAAUCUGUUCCCUUCCGGUGCAUAGUCAACCCUGAGCAAAAGCAAGAGGGACUUUUGGUUACUGGUGUCCGAGAAGAUGGAGUACUAGAUUUUGGCGAUUGCUACUCAGGAAAUGGGACGUGUCAACUUUUGACCCUUAGAAAUAUUACUCAGGAGGCAUUGGUAGUCAACCUGAGCUCAGAUCAUGCUUCUGGUGAUAGAGUGGCCUUUUAUCGACAGACUGAGUUGGAUCUUUUGUCGGCAGCUUCGAAGGCCCGUCUUAAGGAUGUGAUCAGCCCUGUUGAUCACAUCCUUAAGGACGAUGAUAUUGUCAGUCUGGAGGGAGAUAACAAUGAAACCCCUGCACUUGAUAAAUUGGGAAAUCCUGCUUGUCCGAGUGUCACUGUGAACAAGAAGAGUAAGGUAGACAUGAUUACUUUAGCAAAUGGAGAAGAGAAAAACCUCCUUGUCUGGUUCUUUCCGACCGGCGCAUCCGACGAGUUGAAGGCCGCGAGGUUGCAAAGACGUAAUUUUCGAUUGUCACUGAAGUGUGUCGAAAAGAAGGGCUAUGGCAAGCAGCGCUUCUCAAAGAUCAUUCAGUGCAAAUCUCAAAUAUGCACAUCUAUUGUGAAGCUGUCGACCCAGGAGCUUAACUUUGGUGAUUGCAAUGUUGGCUCAACAAAAGCAUCAAGUGUGCAGAUUCUUAAUCUCUCUGACCUCCCAGCACUCAUAACUCCAUAUGUUACAUCAACCGUACUCAGCAUUAAAAGUCAAGCUGAGCGAGUUUCCAUCCCGGCUCGUCAGACACACAGUUUGGAUAUAGAUCUUGUUCCCCUCAAGAUCAAUCAUAAGUAUAGGAAGCAAAUUCGAGUUGACAAUCUUCUGAACAAGGAAAAUAGUCAAGUACUGGAGGUUCGAGCAAAAAUAAUGGAUCGUCAUCAUGUUCUGUUCCAUUCCAUACAUUACAAAUUGCAAACGCCGUCUAUGAGCAACUUUCUUAUAUUUGACAGUGCGGUUGUCAACAACCCAUGUGUCAAGAUUUUGUCAGUUGAAAACAUCACGGCUAAAGAACUGGUUUUGGCUUUUAAUACCAACAUGCCGGAAGAGCUGCGUAUCUAUACUCUACAAGGUAGCUCUUCGUCAGAGCAUGAGGACCUUGGUGUCGGCGAUGUAUGCAGCCUUUCUAGUGAAACAAGCGAGGAGGACAGUCACGAAAGUCGAAAGAGAGCCUAUGCUGCGACUGUCAACAAGGAGAAAAUUCUUGAAACUCUUGAAGAAUCUCAGCCUCGGCUAAGCAAAGCAAUUGUUGAUUCAGCUUCAUUCCCUUUGCAGCAGGGUCAUUCAAAGAUGGCGACUUCCAGAUCGUUUUUCUCAUCAGAGAAGAGGACAAGGAUGAGGAUGUCGUUAGAUCUCUCUUCGAGUCCACUAUCAACCAGUCUCACAGGUUUUCCGAUUCUGGACGCUGGCCCACUCGCUACUUCAGCAAUCACCAACAAAUCGACGGACGAGGUUGUGGCUGACGUGAAGUCAUUCGGAGAACCUGAUCAGGACUCUCAACCAGGAGCGUUAAAGAGAGUACAAAGUGAUGCAAUGCUCAAUGCUGCUGAGGACGGGUCUAAAAUUCUUAGAUCUUCUCGGAAAGGUUCUUCUGACGACGACUAUCUCGAAGAAGUCCUAACUCGGCUUGGAUGUGAAACGGUUUUAGACUGCUCCUCCACGGACGAGGAUGAAGUGAAAAAGUUCAUUGGCAGUCACAUUAGAGAUAGAGAACGCAUCAGGCACGCCAGAGAAGAUAUUCCACAUUCAUUGUCGCUUUUGGGAAAGCUUGAGCUCUUACCAGGUGAAUCAAGGAACCUGUAUGUUAUACUGGUUGUAGAUGGAAAGUCGCACGCUGACUUGCAAGGGAAGCUGCAAAAGCUUGAAGCGAAGGUCACCAUUCAAAUGAUUGAGUAUGACAAAGAGCACCAGGAACAUCUGGAACCUGGUUUUUUGGAGCCGACUGUUGAUGAUGACCUUCUGACUCGAGAAAUUCCUGUGGAGAUUAAAAUCUGUCGGGCAGUUCUGUCCCUCGCUCAGAAGAACAUCAGCUUCGGUAAACUUUUUACCAACGAGCAUCGAGCUAAAACACUGGUACUGAAUAACGUGUCAGAUGUUCCCCUACCGUACAAGAUCAAGAAAACAGGUUCGAUUGGUUCUGGUGAUUUGCACAUCAUCGAUGGACGCACUGGGGUGCUACAACCCCACAGCAGCCAGGAAGUGAACUUUGUGUUUCAGCCUUCAUUAGGUGGAUCCUUCAAGGAGACACUAAUAGUUAGCAAUGUAUAUGAUCCUGACAAUGACCAGGUAGUGACUUUAAAGGCCACAAUUAAUCGGGCUGAAACGUUCUGGCUCAAGAGUAACAGUAUCAACUUUGGAGCAGUUAUAUCAGGACAGUGGUCUUCCCCUCAAAAUUUUUUGUUCUCAAACACUAGUAAACAAUCAAGAACGUUUAAGUUGAGGGAAGUUGAUUGUGGAGUUGAGGAAAGUGGACGUCCUGUGCCAGCUAGAUUGCAAUUUUCAAAUGCACAGCCUGCUCUGAGAAAACUGAAGUUUGUAAUUGAGCCAAAGAAGCAAACCCUUCGUUGCCAUGUGCGACCUGAGCAGGAAGCAAUUGAAGCUUUAGAAAGAAAGGCUCUAGCUUAUGAGCGCAAAGGCAAGAUAGACAAAGUAACCAAAAUUAGAAAAGAGAUCGAAGAGCUAAAGCUCAAAGAAACAGGAAAUGGGAGUAGUGAAAAGCACGAAGAGGUAGCUAGCGGCGAAGGUUCGGAUCGCGUAUCUGAGCUAAGUAAUAAACAAUGUUCCUCAACUUAUCAGUCGAAUUCUGUAAGCUGUGACGUCGCUUUUAAUGCGGAUAAAGAGAAGGACUUGACUUCGAAAAGCUCAGACGGCUACAUCAGUUUCACUUUAAAGCCAAAUGAAUCCCAGGUUGUACUUGUGAGCUAUUACGCAUGGAUGCCAGAUCCCACGCCAUUGGGCGAACAUGUUAGAGGGGCUUUUUUCGCCUAUGAAAGCAAAAAUCAGGAUGUAAUGAAACGUGUAGAGUUUGAAGCAACAAUUUGCUCUGAUAAUAGUUUUCAUGACGACCACGCUCUGAGCUCAUUGAAACAGAGUAUUCAAACUGGGGAAGACUCUCCAAGUUCUUUACUUUCACUAUCUCCGACUAUUACACCUGAUAGCUCUGCUCCAACUUCUCCUAGCGGUGGUCAGACUCCGCAGACGCUAUCUGGUCACCGAGCUUCAAGGAAGAUAUUCGCAUCAAGUUUGUUUUCUUCUAUAGAGCCCGUUGACCUUAAUUUCGAUAGCGGUAUCAGUACAACAGCUGCAACUUCUUGCAAUUUAUCGGAUGGUUCUGAGCACUCAACUAGAUUUGGAUCUUGGAAUUCGGAGAAGGUUUCUUUUCCUGCCAGUAACAGGAUCAGCGUUCUUAUGGCUGGAGGUGGCCUUCCCAGUCCCAAAGCUCUUUUCGAAGUAGAUCUUCUGCGAUUCGGGGAACUAGAGUCGUUCUCAAAAGAGGAACAACAGAUACAUGAAGCCAAGCAAACAUCCCCAGUAGCACAGAGUAACAUUCUUGUUGACACAGAGCUUGCCGGAGAAGUUGUUCUGGAAGAUCAUGAUGGUGGAGAUAUGAUGGAGUCGUCGUACUUAUUGAGAUCAUUGUGCCCACAAGAUAUUUGGAUUCGCUUUGUUCUCGAUUGGCCGGGUUCCCAUGACCUUCAGUUGUGGGUUAGCGAUCUUGGUGUCGAUCUUGAUGGCAAUACUAGCACUGGUAUCACUUGUGCGUUAGCAGGAGCAGGAGCUGAAAGUGGAAAGUGGAAUGAGCCUUCUACUCUUCGUGAGCGAACACAACUGCAAUGGCACAAGCUGGAGUUCCAGGAGUUAGAAACGGUUUCCACUGGCACACUGAAAUUUGUGACUUCCUCGUAUCUUAAAGGAGGCAUGGGCCAGUGGAUUAGUCUUCGUAUGCCUAAUGAUGUUUCGAAAAGGCGUGUUUAUCCAGUGAGACAGGAUAAUUUGACCGCGACGGCUUCUGAAAUGCCUAACGAUGGGAUUUCUGGUCAGGGCUUUGGAACGGGAACUUUAACAAUGCAAACUCAACCAAAUGGAAAACCAAAUGGAAAACUCAACCAAAUUCAAUUACUGCUGCGUGCUAAGCAGCUAGAGAGAUUUCUGAAGGUUACACCCACAGACAUUGCGUUUCCGGAAGCAGACCUUUCGACUAUUCUGAUGAAGGAGAUUACCAUUUUUAAUAGAUCGAGAUUUGAAGUUGAAUAUGAGAUAGGGGUGUCUCGUGUCAACACGUUAUUCCCUUCUAAAGUGCCCGACAAUUCACCAGCGGAAAGUCGACUUUCAUCCCUGGUCGACCCAGUCAUUUCUGUAACUCCUACCCUGGGACGAAUAGAGGGAAAUGGAUCUUUGACCGCCAAAAUAAUCUGCAAACCCGUAAAAACGGGGAAACAGGCCUACACUAUUCACGUCCGAAGUUCCAUUUGUUUGAUUGAAAGUCAGGUAAACGUUACUAUGGCUCCUCGCAAAGUUCAUCGACUGCGGCUGCCGGAUGUUCCAUUGGGAUCUAUUUUGGAUAUGGGUUAUUGUUUUAUCAAUGCACCUGAAGGUGCAAAAGUUGUCCCCUUGAAGCUUGAGAAUCUCCACAACAGUCCUCUUACCUUGGCAUUUCGAUCAAACUUGGCUAAACAGGUUUAUAUCUCACAAUAUCCCACUGGUGAUUCUCGGACAGAUGAAAUGCAAAUUCAGGGGACUAAGUCAGAAACUGCAUAUUUGUGCUUGCGACCUGGUGGGGAUGCUUCAGCUUACAGAAACGGACGUUGCAGAGAGGUUAUUGGAGGGAUGAGGAUUUCUGUUAAGUCAACAGAUUCUGCUAUGGACCCUAAUGAUUAUCAAGAUGAUGUCCAGGAUGAGAUAAUGGUGAAGUUUAGGGCAAUGGUGGGACAAAGCCUUCUUCAGGUUUCUACCUCGCUAGUCGAUCUUGGGCGAUUGAAAGAGGUUGGAGGGUUUAUGUCAGGGUCCUUUGUAGUAUCCAACCCCAGUGAUCAAAUGCCCUUAUGCUUUUCUUUAUCAGCUGGUCGGACAUCAUUGUCUCUUUUGGGGGGGUAUCUAAUCGGAAAAGAGGCUACUAUAUCAACGGGCAGUCAAGAGAAGUCGGAAAUAGCCAUUAAAUACUGUUUGCCAGUAACGGAAUAUGGGCUUAUUGAAGACCGUAUAUUAGUGCAGAAUCAUUCUUGCCCAGAACAGAAUGCUGAAGUGAUGCUGCGAAUUUAUGUGGAUUGUGGCAGUCUUAAAUGUCACGUCCAACCUCCUAUGCAACGCUUCCAGAGCUCCAAGUCAGAAAGAGUGGGCGUUCCCGUUGAUACGAAUCUGUCUUCAAAUGAUUCUCACAAAUUUUCAAAUCAAUCUACUAGAGGCAAAUUAACUAAGGGUGUCGAGAAUAAUUUGGCUUUCGAAGGGUUGUCACCUAGAAGCAUAUAUUUAUGUCCUCCAGAAGAUUCGGAAGAAAAAUUUCAAGGCAGACCCACUUUCAAUGUGGACAAAGUAGAUAACCACCAGCUUGACAUAGGGAUUGUAUAUGUAUCACUUGAUCCUAGUGGGAUCCAGAUCGAGAGUCGCAGUCCUACUGAAAGAGAAGUAAUGAGUUCGGCUGAAUAUCCUAUAUUCAAACGUUCAUUCCAGUCGUCUCUGCUUCUCACAAAUUCGUCGGACGAAGCGCUCACUCUGCAACCUGUUAGUACUCUGUCGUUGCAGGUUUUUGUGGGAAACCAGGAUGUGAGUCAAAUGUCUGAUAAACUAGUUUCAAGAGCAGAGUUGAAAUCCGGGCAGACCACCUUCACUACUACUUCUGGUAUUGUGACGCAGAGUUUGAAGCAAACACCUGAAAGUCCGUCUGGAUGGAGCGCUUGUGGAAACAAAUUUAAUAUCUUACCUGGAGUUACGACUCGAUUGCUAGUGACUUGUGAUGGAAUUCAGCCUUUGUUGUCUGUAGACGUGUCUCAUUUGGAAAAGGGGCAGCUAUGUGCUUUUGAGGGACGUCUGGCAUUUUGCAAGUCAAACAUCACUGAGAUGACAGAGGAUGCCCAAUGUGAAACUAUUGUUGUGCAAGAGGAGUGGGACCUUUCUCAGGCUAUGGAGCUUGUGACCAUCACAGGCUCAAUGUGCGUUUCGUUUGGGGAGGUUGAGACGAAGGUGAUAAAUCUCGGUAAAGUUGGUGAUGCGAAUGGUUGGGAAGAUCUCGAGUUUGACGUAGAAUUUUAUAAUGUCAGUGAUGCUGAAAUGGUUUUCCAGAUCACUGAUGCCCCAGAUGUUUUCUCGUUUUCAUUUCAAGGGUUGGAAGUUGUUCCUUCAGCAAACGGGUUUACACCUUGUCGUAUUCCUGCGAGGGAAUCAAAUUCUAUCCAGGUUGUUUUGCACACAUCAAAGCUUGAGCAUAAUAAGCAGGCUAGGACAUGGUCAUGGAAGCUGUGUUUUGUGAACUGCAAUAAUGCGAAGAACAGCAUGAAAAUCAUUGUUGUUGCAGAAAUGACCGUUCGCAACCUGAGAUUUAUAGGUCUGACGGAGUCAGCACUAGUUUUGCCACCUCUCACUGUGCCGUUACAAUCCAAUGCGCAACAUUGCAGCAGGAGAUUAUCAGUGGAGAAUCUGUCGACAGAGUCGAUUGGUGUAGCACUGGAAUUGCAUCAAGUGGAAGAUACUGAGUCACUGGUAAUGCUGGAGGUCACAUCACUCGCAAAUAAUUCUUCAAUUACUGAGCUGACACUGCAGCCUGGAGAAACAGUGGAGGUGCAGAUAGGAGCUCGACUGGUCUCUGAUUUCAUCCCCCAUGCUGUCAGAGUAGAUGAUGCGGAAAGGCGCAGCAACAUCUUUACAAUCAGCCCUAGAAGCUCACUUGAGAAUGAUGACAAACCUUUUGCGACAUCAUCAUUAACGAAUGUAAAGCAACAAGAACCCUCUGAGAAAUCCUGGACAACCAUUUCAAAUUCUGAUUUAAUUAGUUCUAAUGUAUUUCGGAUGGUCAAUGAGAGAAAUACUACCGAUAGCACUAGUUCUCGAGAAGAUGCUAUUUUUAGCAGCGAAGAAAAUAUAUCAGAGACGUCGGCGUUGGUGUGUUUAGGGCAUUUGUAUUUAUAUUCAUCUCCUUUACCUGACUGCAUCGAUAUUUUUGGAACUCUGAUUCAAGGGCCAAUGCUUGAUGUGUCCCCAAGUUCCUUGCAAUGCCAGGCAAAUUUUUCAGACAGAGAAGCUCUUUAUCAGGCCGAUGGUGCUGGAAAUGGGGUUGACGCAAAUCAGGCUAUUUCGAACUCAGAUGUGGAACGUAACACUACAAAUAAUCGACUUGGAACAUGGGAAGGAUUGCAUGAGAAGUCUAAUUCUUCACAGAGGAUAAUUGUUAAGAAUUAUCUUGCUUUCGACCACCUGCAACUGAAGGUCUGGGAUCAACAAACACUGUCGGAUGACUUUGGUACCCAAUUGCAAUACCUGGAGAUCUCUUCACGAGAGGCGCUAGUUCCUCCUAAUGGUAGUAUUGAUAUUAUUGUGAAAUUCCCCUUAUGGUCAGAUGAAAUGUACGAGGCUUUCUCGAGGGAAGUCUCUGAAGGUCUUUCCACUGCUGAACGUCUGACGGUACCUGUAUUUAUCCAAGAUGUUGAAGAACGUGCCAACCGGCAAAAGGUUGACGUCUUCAUUUUACCUCCAGUGCUUGUACAGAGUUCACUUUCUCAGGCUGCAGGACUUGAUGUACAAACUGGGAGUGGUUCAAGUAAAACUUGUGACACCAAUAGCAAGGACCUCGUCAAAAGUGUAAAUCACUUAAAACCAAAGUUACCAGUUCUUGGUCUUCGGGGUUGUACAGCAGUUAACGGAAGUUCACUUUGUUACGAGUUUAACCUAGGUCAGCAGAAUAUUUCAUCAUGUGGCCAUCGACAUUGGAAUUUGAUUCUUGUCGGAGAUCAAGAACGGCCGAUCUCUUAUCGUCUUUGCACAAUCAGUGAUGGGGACGCAGGGUGGCUUAGUAUCAGCAGUUCAUCAGGAAUUGUGCAAGCCUUGCGGCAGAAUAUUGUGAAGCUUUCUUUUUCAACUAAAGCGAUGGGGGUAUACUCAACUUAUCUUGUUGUAGAGAAUUUCGACAAUCCAGCAGACAUAAAAACUGUUCACCUUAGCAUGGAAGUAGUAGCUUUGAAAAAUGCUCGACCGGAAGCCCCAUUGGUUCCUUUCUUUGAUGUUCUUGUGCAAGGAAACAGGGCAGAGGGUGUUGCCAUAGACAUGGCAGAAAUCUAUUACAAUUUUUGGUAUCGAAAUCAGUCUUUUGUCAUACUGAAUGAAGCCUCGGUUGCCAUGGAGUUUCUUCUGUCCUCUACCUUGGACCAUAAUGAUUCUACGGAGCUAAACUUCUCCCUUGAAAAUUCGUCUUUGAAGCGCUUCAGCUCUGUAACUGUCGAUGCUAAGAGCAGUAUCCGGCUUUGGAUCCACUUUUGCAUUGCUGCACCCAAAGAGGAGCUACUCAUGGAAGACGUGUGCGAUGAAUUGCGUGCCACUAUAUUUGUCAAUUGCCGGCUUGUUAAGGAUUACCAACGUUGUAUACCGUUUCGGGCAAAAUGCCGGUACCCGCAAAUUGGAAUCUCCUCUACUGACGUUGUCUUUUCGAAAAGAAGGCAUGAAAGUGGUCAUACUUUUACAGAUAUUUCCAGUGACGCAGGGAUUUGUUCCAUAGCUAAUGAUGACUUUUGCGGCACGGAUGUUCCUGUCAAUGCCCCUAUUAUAGAGAACGAGGUCUUGGUGGGGUCUAGUGGAAUUCAGCAGCUGGGACGCGUUCCAAGUGAACCGCCUUUAAAAUCCUCUGGCGCAGUUAUUGAUUUUUCAGAUGAUUCAGAGGUUCUCCACGAUGUUCUGCGUUCCUCACAGCAAUCAGGUCCAGCACACAAAGUGCAUCGCGAUGAUGACCUUGAUCUAAUUCCUUCGUUUCAGAUUCUUACUUUAAGAAAUUUGUAUCUACACCGGAAGCUAGAGUAUGUCAUCAAGAAUGAUUCUCUUUUCUUUAGAGUGGACGUUCCUGCGUCGCAAGAGAUGUCAGGUACUAUUCCUCAACGGUUACAUGUGGAUGUGCCGGCAUUAUCGACAAGAACGACUGAAAAAGCCUCCCACAAUAUUGUAGUAAGACCAAAUUUUGAUACUUUGCGAGAGAAUCGGAAGAUGAUAAUGAAGCAAAAGUACAUUGAGGAGCAUCUCACCAUCUACAACCGAUCCAAUCCUCGUGAGAAAUACACUGUUAGCUUGCGUCUAACAGCUGGGCACCUUCGCAAUUUCAUUGCUGCAUCUGGGCCCAAGAAGUCUUAUAUCUUUGAGCGCCUCGAACUCGAAAUUACGUCAUUCCUUAGCACUUUUUACUCCUUGAUGGAUUGGUUAUUGAAGGGUCUUCAGGAAAAAUCAACCAUGCGACCUAGGUUGGAUCUACCGAUAUUUCCCAACAAAAAGGAUCACGUUGCUACAGGAAGUGGCAAUUGCAGAGAGGUUGACUCGGUAUCAGGGGAACUAGUGAAGCCGGCAAGCUGGAGCAUGCAGAAUCAGGAUGCAUUUAUAGAAUUUGAAAAGUGUUUGGAGUCCUUCUCAAUUAGAAGGGAGGGCUCGAAAUACGACAGUCUUUUCUUUGAUGUGCAAUACCUUACAGACGAGCUUGUGUUCUACAGCUUGAAGGAGCGCUUGAGCAAAGGCGGAGCUACACUAGAAUUACCCACUGUAAAGCUUGCUAAGCUUUUGUAUUGUGCCCUAUAUCGCUGCCAGAUAUUUCAACUUUGCUUGAAGAACUGCCAAUCAUUCACUGCACACGCCGCCCAUGUAAUAGCCGAGGUCAUGAAUGGUCAGUCGGAUGUAUCAAGGUUGUCUCGCAGACAAUAUUCCUCAAGAUCUUAUUUCCCAAACGAGGGUCAAACCCAUCCGCUCGGCAAACUUAUACAAAUGCCACCAGUACAUAGUUUCAAGUUCGUGGAGAAAUGGACAGGGCAGUUGAGACAUUUUUUGUCCUUUUUUCCUGACACAAGGGAUGACCUAACCUCUCUGCGAGACCUUAUUCAGCAAUUGCAGGAAGUGUUAGUCUCGUAUAGGAUUGCUUUAGAUCAAUGUUCAUCAGCUUAGUAGUGAAGAAAUCUGUACAUUAAGCUUUCAGAGUUAGCGAGGUUUACAUUGUAUACUAGAAUUGUUAUUUGACAUAGCUCCUAGAUUAUCCAUCAAAUAUAAAAUAAUAGCAUUCUGUGAUGUUUAUCUGGGGUUUAACUCAUGUUCAUCAAACUUCCCUUGUCUCCAAAGUUGGGUGGAGGAGUUCCAAAUUAUUUUUGUCCAGGUAUGGCUAUCUGGACAAAGAUGGAUCACAGAGCAAGAUGAGAGAAGAUGAAUAAAAGUUUUAUUUUACAGAAAGUGCUUUACCACAA